AUGAAAUCCAUGAGCUUUGCAAACCUCAUGAAACAGGAUUCCCGUCAGCGUGAUGUGGAUGCAGAUGGUCGGGUGCUGCGCUCUCACAACAGGCGCGUUGACAUCCACUUCUGUUCCUGCGUCGUCGCCAAGUAUCUUGUGGUGUCAUUCCGCGUCGUGCUUCUGCCGCGCUACGGCACCAGCCUCUUUGGCAGCGAUACUACCCGCUCCAUGGGUGUCUAG